UAAAAAAAGAACUUUCAAAACAUUAUCCUAAAAAAUUGAGAGCAGACAGAGUGAGAGAAAAAAAACAGAGAAUGAUGAAGUUGCAAGGGGGACUUCUCCAAUGGAAUCGUAGCAGUUUAAUCCCAUCGAUUUACACGCCAGUCAACACAACCCAAUUCUCUAUCUCCGCCUGUGUCAUUGAGGGGAACCACCAGCUUACGGCGAAGGAGAGACGGCAGCUCCGGAACGAGAGGCGGGAGAGCAAAUCAGGGUAUAGCUGGCGAGAAGAAGUUGAGGAAAAGUUGAUUCAGAAACCAACGAAACGGUACGCGACGUGGACGGAGGAGCUCAAUUUGGAUACUUUGGCUGAGUCGGGUCCUCAAUGGUGGGUGGUUAGGGUUUCUAGACUUCGUGGUCAUGAGACUGCUCAAAUCUUAGCUCGUGCUCUCGCUCGUCAGUUCCCUGAAAUGGAAUUCACGGUGUAUGCUCCAUCUGUUCAGGUGAAGAGAAAGCUAAAGAACGGUUCUAUAUCCGUUAAACCGAAACCUGUGUUCCCUGGUUGCAUUUUCAUCAGAUGUAUAUUGAACAAAGAGAUACAUGACUCUAUAAGAGAAGUUGAUGGAGUUGGAGGUUUCAUUGGCUCUAAAGUUGGUAAUACGAAGAGACAGAUUAAUAAACCUAGACCAGUAGACGACAGUGAUUUGGAAGCCAUUUUCAAACAAGCAAAAGAAGAACAAGAGAAAGCAGACAGUGAAUUCGAGGCGGCAGAAAGAGCUGAAGAGGAAGCGAGUUUACUAGCCUCACAGAAACUUGCUGCAUCUAAUCCAGAUGUUGUUGAGUCUGUAGCAGAAUCUAAACCGAAACGAGCUCCGAGAAAAGCUACACUUGCUACUGAAACAAAGGGGAAGAAGAAGAAACUUGCAGCUGGUUCUACAGUUCGAGUUUUGUCAGGGACAUUUGCAGAAUUUGUUGGCAACUUAAAGAAACUGAACCGCAAAACUGCAAAGGCAACGGUGGGAUUUAGUUUGUUUGGAAAGGAGACACUAGUGGAAAUUGACAUCAAUGAACUUGUUCCUGAGAUUCAAUCUUAGACUAGUUUGUAAUUUUUGGUUUGAAAUAAUAAAUGCAUGAUUACAUGUUUUGAUGUAUCUGUUCUGUUAAAUUUGCCAUACAGAAAAUAUUCAGUCAA